CGUCCCCGGAGCCCGUUUUACUAUGGAGGCCCAGGCGCCGGGUGCGGACUCUGAGUUCGCGCUCUAGUUGACAAGGGCUUUGUCACUUUUCCUACUCUGUUGCCACCAAGCGGUGAUGACGCCAAUUCGGUCCUCACUUUGGUGACGCGAGGACAAAUGGGUGACCACGUAUGCUUCGGAGCAAACUUUCUCCUACACCUGCUAACUGGCCACCUUUAACAGGAAAAACAGGAGAGCACACAAACUAGAAAAAAACCAAAACCAAACCACGCAAAUACACACACGCACAUAUACACACACAGUGCGCGCGCCUGCGCAGGGGUGAGAACGAGCUCACAGGAAGGUGGAACCAGCGCAAGACCUUAGCGCCAGCUUUGAGGGAGCAGAGAGCUGGAUGCAGGUGACAUGGCCCUGGUGCCCUACGAGGAGACAGCGGUAAUGGGCUUGCAGAAAUUCCACAAACCUCUUGCCACCUUCUCCUUUGCGAACCACACGAUCCGGAUCCGGCAGGACUGGAGACAGCUGGGAGUCGCCGCGGUGGUUUGGGACGCGGCCGUCGUUCUCUCAGCGUAUCUGGAGAUGGGAGCUGUGGAGCUGAGGGGCCGCCGCGCGGUGGAGCUGGGGGCCGGCACCGGGCUGGUGGGCAUAGUGGCUGCCCUGCUGGGUGCUCAUGUGACUAUCACGGAUCGAAAAGUAGCAUUAGAAUUUCUUAAAUCAAAUGUUCAAGCCAACUUACCUCCCCAUAUCCAACCCAAAGCUGUUGUUAAGGAGCUGACUUGGGGACAAAAUUUGGGGAGUUAUUCACCUGGAGAAUUUGACCUGAUACUUGGAGCUGAUAUCAUAUAUUUAGAAGAAACAUUCACAGAUCUUCUUCAGACUUUGGAACAUCUCUGUAGCAACCGCUCCGUGAUUCUUUUAGCUUGCCGAAUUCGCUAUGAACGAGAUAACGACUUCUUGGCGAUGCUGGAGAGGCAGUUUACUGUGACUAAGGUUCACUCCGAUCCUGACAAAGACGUACAUAUUUACAAAGCACAGAAGAGAAACCAGAGGGAGGACUUCUAGUUGGCUGUAAUUUUUAGGAAUGUUGUUAUUGAGUGUGUCGGUGACGGUCUUAGCCUGGGAAUCGAACCACAUUUGAUGAAAUGGCUCCUGAACAAAAAGUCUAACCAAUCAAAGGUUCCCAAGGGACAAAGCACAUGUGCCGUUUGAAAACAAAGUGGCACUUUGUCCCACUGCUGUGACUUCAUAGUCCUAUUUUACUUUGAAAAGUCCCAACUAGCGUUAAAGGAAUGUAUGAGAUAUCUGUAUCCCAUACUGCCCCCUCUUGGUAAACAGUUUUCACUGGUGAUAGAACGAAGGGCUGGUAUAAAAGGGCCUUCAAAGCAGUGAGCUUGUUUCGGUGAGGCUAACCCAUGCAAGUUCUAUUAAAUACAUUCUGAGAUA